GUGCACCUGCAGAGAGGAGGAGGAGGACGUGGACGUGGAGGAGGACGACGAGGAGGAGAAGAAGGAGGAGGAGCGGCCUGGUCUCGAUGCUUGCUUGGCGACCGCUGCCACCGCCUUCCUCUCUCGCUCGCUCGCUCUCUCGCUCGCUCUCUCUCUUUUCAAACACGCCACAAGUUUUCCCCAACCCAAGUUUCGCCGAAAGGACUUUAGACUGAAAAUAUGGAGGUACCGAACGCCUGCUUGUGCUUUUUGCUGCUGAGCCUUUUGGGAGAUUCGACUGGACUGGAGAUAACAUCCACAGGGCCGACAUCUAUUGAGAAAGCCAGUGGGGAAAGCGUAAAACUGGAUUGCAUGUUCAAUUUAAGCCCCGCGGAUUCUGGCCCACUGGAUAUUGAAUGGAGCCUGCUCUCCUCUGACAACCAGAAGGAAGACAAAGUGGUGAUCCUGUACUCCGGUGAUAGGGCCUAUGAGGACUACUAUGCCCCCAUGAAGGGUAGAGUUUACUUCAACUCUGCUGACCCCAAAAACGGGGACGCCUCCAUCAACCUGACAGGCCUGAAGUCAUCGGACUCUGGCACGUACCAGUGUAAAGUGAAGAAGGUUCCUGGCAUUCACAGCAGAAAGAUGCGAUUGAUUGUCAUGGUGAAGCCAUCCAAGCCCAAGUGCUCUGCUGAAGGACUCACGCAGGAGGGUAAAGACAUUGUUCUUCGGUGUGCUUCAAACGAGGGCACCAAACCAUUGCACUAUAGCUGGGAGAAGACCACUGAUGGAAAGGUGCUGCCUGCUUCGGCUGUGAUGGACACAAAUGGAGGUACCCUUAAUGUGAGGAACGCAUCUGCCAGCGCAUCUGGCGCAUACCGCUGCACUGCCACCAACCGGGUCGGGACUGAAGAAUGUAUACUCCAUCUCAAUGUCACUCCUCCUCCCAAUACUGCUGGCAUCAUCGCAGGAGCCAUAAUUGCUGUACUGCUGAUCCUCAUCAUUAUUGCCAUCAUACUAUUCUGCUGUUGCCGUGCCCGACACAGGAAGAAGUAUGAGAAGGAAAUCUGCAAUGAGAUAAGAGAGGACGUGCCGCCUCCCAAGAGUCGCGUGUCAACAGCGCGUAGCUUCACUGUGGGCAGCCAGCGCUCAUCUCUCGGCUCCAUGUCACCUUCCAACCUGCACGAGUACGCCCUGAAGCCCCAGUACGACAAGAUUCCCUCGUCGGAAGAAGACAGGCCCCCGAGCCACACCCCUUUGCCCCCGCCGACAGCUCCCAGGAUGGCGGGGCCCAACCUCAGUCGCAUGGGGGCCAUCCCUGUCAUGAUCCCUGCCCAGAACAGGGACGGCUCAAUCGUUUAACGUGGCCUCCUCCUGCAAAGGGGGACCGUACAUGAAAGGGCAGGGAAGAGAUGAAGGGAGGGGGUCAAAAGACACUGGAGAUGAAGCGAGAGCUUCCCUGACUUGCUCUUGCAUACAAAUCAGAACUUGCUCCUCCAAUGAACACCUGACUGCUGUGGUGCUGAGACAUGAAAUGCAUUUUACUGAAAUCACACCAGAGCACAGAGACUCUUUUUAUCAAUCACAAUUUAGAAACGUUAUCUAGUUGGCGCUGGAUUUAAACUUACUGUAUGUUCAGAACAGAUCCAAACCUUCAUUAUGAGUGCAUGUAAAUGGUUAAGUUCAGCUCUAUAGGAUUUCAUACCCUGGCCAAAUAUAUUUGGAGAAUGGGAUCAAGGAAUUAACAAAAUACAUAUGAAGAUCAAAUUUUUUUUUUUUUUUUACAACAAUGGAAUUGAAAAUGUUCAAUAUCUCGAUCACAACUUGCAGGUCUUUUUGCUAAUUUUUGUGUCAUUUCCAGCCAAAAGAUACUCCUGCGACGUGUUUUUGCCUGUGAAAAUUGUUUGGGAUUAACUGUAGAUGUACAGUAUGUAUGUCUGAAUUUGUAAAAUGUAUCACUUGUUUUUUUUUUUUUUGUUGUUGUUGUACUGCCU